AUGCCGCUCAACAGAACGCCCCCGAAAGGUUCCGCCAGAACAGAUCCCGAUGAAACGAACGACUUCCUUGGUUUUCCGAACGAACAUAACCUCCAAAGCGACGGUUCCGAGUCCCCACGUAAUCAAACUCAAACACUGUUCCCGAAUCCGAUGGUACCGCUUGAAUCUUCCGAGCAGCCGGCCGCUGCUGUCGACGCCGAAACGAUGAAGCAGCUUUCUUCACUGUUCCGCCAACGAAAUCAGGUUUAUCAAAAGGUAGCCCGAAUCCACAACGCAGUGAAGGGAAUGCUUCUGGAUUUACCGCAGCUGAAGGUGUACACCCGAAAACUGGAAGCAGCAUAUGGUGAAUUCUCCAGUUUUCACAGCCAAAUAGUCGCCCUGUUACCCGCCGAUGACCUAACCUCACAAGAGGAAAACUACAUCCGCUUCGAGCAGCUUUACGAUUGGACAUCCGCCAGCAUCGAAGCCCAAAUCAUCGAUCAUCAACAUCCUCCACCACAUCCGCAAGUCAUCGUGCACCAACAGCCGCUGAAAGCGCCAUUCCCGACAUUCGACGGUGAGUACACCAAUUGGCCCAAAUUCAAAGCGAUGUUUCAGGAUUUGAUGGCUCAGUCGCGAGAUUCCGAUGCGAUAAAGCUGUACCACCUGGACAAAGCGCUCAUCGGAGCAGCCGCUGGCGUACUGGACGCCAAAACAAUCAAUGAUGGGAAUUACGCACACGCAUGGAGGAUCCUCACCGAAAGGUUUGAAAAUCAACGCAUCAUCGUCGAGACCCACAUCCGUGGCUUGCUGUCGCUGAAAAAGAUGACAUCCGAAUCCUACAAGGAAUUAAGAAACCUUCUCGACGAGUGCAGCAAGCAUGUGGAGUGUCUGGAAUAUUUACAGCAAGAACUGACCGGAGUGUCCGAAUUGAUGAUUGUUUUCUUGCUGACGUCUGCUUUGGAUCUAUCAACGCGAAAGGUAUGGGAACAAUCACUCAAGUCCGGAGAGUUGCCGAAAUACCGAUCCACGAUUGCUUUCCUCAAGAGUCAGUGCCAAGUGUUGGAACGAUGCGAAUCCGUUUGCCCGAUCCCAAUUCCGAAACCAUCUACAACCAAACAAACUCAACCGAAGGUCCCCAAUCAGCGGUCGUACGCAGCAACCGCAGCGUUCGACAAACCGUCCAUCCAAUGUGCGUUUUGUGAUGGCCCGCACCGAAAUUUCCAAUGCAACAAGCUGUCCAUUCUACCCAGUGCCGAAAGAAUGGAAAAGGUUCGAGCUUCCGGAGUGUGCUACAACUGCCUAACCAAGGGUCAUCGCUCGAAGGAUUGUCCAUCAACCAAAAACUGCCAGAAGUGUGGUAAGCGACACCACACUCAGCUCCACGAAGAUCAACAACAACAACAACAACCGAAACCGAUGGCUACACCCACCACCCAAAUCGAUGCCCCUUCUCAAGCCGCACAACAACCAACCGUUUCGUCCAUGCCAUGCAAUUACACUGCUUCUCCCAAAACAGUGUUGUUGCUCACCGCUGUCGUUCACGUCCUGGAUUACGACAACCAACCCCAAACCUGCCGAGUUCUCCUUGACAGUGGGUCCCAGGUAAAUUUCAUCACCGAUCAGUUGGCCAACACACUGCGUCUCGAGAAACGAAAGGUCGAAGUCCCAAUCGGUGGCAUCAACGAAAUUAAAACUGUUGCCCGCCAUCUCGUCAAGGUUCACCUCCAAUCACGCUGUAGUGAUUUCCGCACCGAGCUAGAAUGUCUAGUCAUCCCGAAGGUGACUGGUCCGAUUCCAUCAACCAACAUCGAUGUUACCGAUUGGCAUUUCCCCCAUGGUAUCCAACUAGCAGAUCCGAACUUCUUCAAGCCCGACAAAAUCGACUUACUGGUUGGAGCAGCUCUAUUUUUCAACAUCCUCAAGACUGGCCAUCUCAUACUGGAUCCCUGUUUACCCGAACUCCGAGAGUCACACCUUGGUUGGCUGGUGACUGGUACCCUGACAUCGAAAUCCAGCUAUGAGCCUAUCCAAUAUGCCCAACUAGCCUCGGUGGAAUCCAUCGAAAAUUCCAUCACCAGAUUCUGGGAACUUGAAGAAGUUCCAACCGCUCCGAAAACGACAGCCGAAGAACAGCAAUGUGAGGAACAUUUUGUUGCCACCCACACCCGUGAUGUUUCCGGUAGGUACACCGUCCGAUUGCCGUUGAAACCAAACGCCGACAAGCUGGACAGCUGCCGAAAUCUAGCAUUGAAAAGAUUUUUCAUGCUGGAAAAUCGUUUGCAACGAAAUCCCGAACUGUGGUCACAGUAUGUUGAAUUCAUUCGUGAAUAUCAACUACUUGGUCACUGCCAAACCAUCAACGAAGCCGUCGACUCGCCCCAGCGUGGAAAAUAUUAUCUUCCACAUCACGCUGUACUUCGCCCCAGCAGCACCACCACAAAGUGCAGAGUGGUGUUCGACGGAAGCGCCAAAUCAUCCCCGUCUGGUCUUUCCCUGAACAAUGUCCUCACCGUCGGCCCAGUGGUUCAAAACGAUUUAUUUAGCAUUAUGCUAAGGUUCCGAAAACAUCGAUACGUUUUUACGGCUGACAUCGCCAAAAUGUACCGACAAGUACGAGUUCAUCCCGACGACACUGGCUACCAACGUAUUUUCUGGAGAGAAAAUCCGAAACACCCCCUGCAGGUUCUAGAGUUGACAACCGUCACCUAUGGGACCGCAUCAGCUCCGUUUCAAGCAACCAGGUGCUUGAUACAACUCGCCGACGACGAGGGAGACAAGUUUCCCAAAGCUGCUGAGAUUCUGAGACAUGAUUGCUAUGUUGACGAUAUCAUGUCUGGUUCCGACAACAUCGACGACGUCAUUGAAAUUCAACGACAGCUGAAGGCCAUUCUGCUGAAGGGUGGUUUUCCUGUCCACAAAUGGUGCUCCAACUCAACACAAUUGCUCGAGCACAUCCCGGUGAAUGAGCAAGAAACCACCAAACGAUACGACGAAUUCGACAUCAACGAAGCGAUUAAGGUCCUAGGCGUUCUGUGGGUGCCUAGUACUGAUCAGCUUUUAAUUGCCCGAUGUACUUCCCCGACGGUUAACGAAAAGCAGCCCACCACGAAACGAAUUGUGUGUUCCGAAAUCGCCAAAUUGUUCGAUCCAUUGGGAUUGAUAUCGCCAACCAUCGUCAUCGCCAAACUCCUGGUUCAACAAUUUUGGCGAAAGAAGUUGGAUUGGGACGAUCAUCUCGACAACGACAGCCUCGAGCAUUGGAACGAGCUCCGAGAGUCAUUUUCUCACCUCAACGAAAUUGCAAUCCCCCGCCAGGUGACAUUCAACGACGCUGUGGCUUACGAGCUGCAUGGAUUCGCCGACGCUUCUAUGGUAGCAUAUGGUGCAUGUGUCUACAUACGAAGCAUUUUCCCCGAUGGUUCCUGUAAGGUUCGCUUGCUGAGUAGCAAAUCAAAAGUCGCCCCCCUCCACGAAUUGUCCAUCCCAAGGAAAGAAUUGUGUGCUGCAGUACUUCUAGUCAAAUUGGUGACAAAAAUUGUUUCCUUUAUUGACAUCAAUUUUCGCAAAGUUCUACUUUGGUCCGACAGUCAAAUCGUUUUGGCUUGGAUCAAAAAACAUCCCGACCGACUUGAGAUUUUUGUGCGCAAUCGAAUUGCUGAAAUUAAUCUCCACACCCAACAAGAACAGUGGCAUUACGUUCCAUCGCAGUUCAAUCCAGCCGAUAUUGUGUCGAGAGGCCAACUGCCGUUUCCGCUGAGCCGAAAUACGACGUGGUGGGAAGGCCCACCAUUCCUGACCGAAGCUACUUUCAUCGAAGAGCGCCCAGAAGACAUCCCCGAUGAUGAAUUGCCGGAGUUAAAAGUCAACUUGGUGACUACUCUGGCAACCAAUCAAAAACCGUUGGACGUUUUCACCGAUGUGAGCUGUUUCCGAAAGCUGCAACGAAUUAUCGCCUGGGUGUUGAGGUAUCUUAACAACCGCCGCAAGCCAAAAGAGGAACGUGUGUUGCAUCCGCAUUUGACUAUCGACGAGCUUCGAAAUUCCAUGUUGGUCAUCGUUCGUGUCAUUCAACGUUUGGAAUUUGACGACGAAAUCAAACGAGUCCAAAAAGGUGUCCCGUGCAAACGAUUAGCAGCUCUCAAUCCCAUCCUGUCCGACGGUCUUCUUCGAGUUGGUGGUCGACUGAGACAUUCCAACUUGCCCGACGAAUCAAAGCAUCAGCUUAUCCUACCAAACAACAAUCCGGUCACAAAGCUACUGGUCCGAGCUUUGCAUCUUGAGCUUCUCCAUGUGGGUCCGAGUGGGCUCAUUUCAGCGCUUCGACAACGAUUUUGGUUACUCAACGCCCGUUCCACCGUUCGCAAUGUAACACGGCAAUGCAUCAAGUGUUUCCGUGUGAAUCCAACCAACGUCCAGCAACUGAUGGGUGAAUUGCCAAAGCAGCGUGUGGUGUUUUCCUCGCCAUUCAACAUCACCGGUGUCGAUUAUGCUGGUCCGAUCCAAGUAAAGCAAGGUACCUAUCGUCCAAAGGUGGUCAAAGCCUACGUCUCGGUGUUCGUGUGCAUGGCCUCAAAAGCAAUCCAUCUGGAAUUGGUGUCAGAUUUGACGACCGAUGCAUUCAUCGCUGCCCUGGAGAGGUUCAUCAGCCGUCGAGGAAUGGUUGCCGAAUUGCAUUCCGAUAAUGCAACCAACUUCAAAGGUGCCAGCAACGAACUCCAUCAAUUGUACCAGCAGUUCCAAGAUCAGCAACAAUCCAACAAAAUCGAUAGGUUUUGCCAGUCCAAAGAAAUCGGUUGGCAUUUCAUCCCGCCAAAUGCUCCCGAGUUUGGUGGCCUUUGGGAGGCCGCUGUAAGGAGCACCAAAUAUCAUCUCAAGCGAAUCAUCGGUACCACUUUGUUGUCCUUCGAAGAAAUGGCCACUCUGUUAUGUAAAAUCGAAGCCAUCCUCAACUCCAGGCCCUUGUAUUCGAUUUCCAACGAUCCUGCUGAUCCGGAGGUAAUUUCGCCAGCACACUUCCUCAUCGGUCGACCAUUGACAGCACCAUCAGGCCCUACCUAUUGUGAUGAGAAAAUAGGACGAUUAAACAGAUGGCAACAUGUUCAGCUUAUGCGUGAGCACUUUUGGAGAGCUUGGUCCAGGGACUAUUUGUCAUCUCUUCAGGUGAGGAAGAAGAACACAUCCGUGCAAGAUAACAUCAAACCUGGCAUGAUCGUUAUCCUCAAUGACAACAACCGACCCCCCCUCGAAUGGAAACUUGGCCGCAUCACAGCUGUAUUCCCUGGCGAUGAUAAUUUGGUUCGCGCCGUAGAUGUCUUUAGCGAAGGUUCAACAUACCGUCGUGCUAUCGCCAAGAUAUCGCUCCUACCAAUAGAGGACAACAAACCACCAUCCCCGGCCGGAAUAUGUUCCGUUUCUGUCAAUCUGCCAGCACGGAAGUAG